CUGUUCAGCAAACAGCAGUGUUAUAAACCUGGCCGUACGACAGAAAAAGUCUUUCUAACGAGCUACUUCCUCAAACUUCGACAAGUGCUGAGUGCGUUCCCCUGAAGCCAACGAUUCUAGAACUCAGGGAUUAAGAUGUUAAGAAUGAUAUCUUGGCUGUGUUUAGGACUGGUUGUGUUUGUCACCGUGUCUGUGAACGCGUUAAUUGACCCAGCAUUGGAUAACCACUGGCAGCUGUGGAAGGAAGCCCAUAACAAGAACUAUGAAAAUCUGAGAGAAGAUCUGAGCAGAAGGGUGACCUGGGAAAAGAACCUGAAGUUUAUCACGUUACACAAUUUGGAGCACUCCUUGGGAUUACAUUCAUAUGAACUGGGAAUGAACCAUCUUGGAGACAUGACCAAGGAAGAAGUGAUGACUACACUGACUGGGCUGGUAGUACCACCAGGCUCUGAGCGAGUCAGGUAUUCCAGUAACAAAUGGAACAGCACCAUAAAAGCAAAUCUUCCAGAUUCCAUGGACUGGAGGGAGAAAGGGUGCGUCAGCAAUGUAAAAAACCAGGGUUCCUGCGGCUCCUGUUGGGCUUUCAGUGCGGUUGGGGCCCUAGAGGGCCAGUUGCAACUCAAGACUGGUAAACUGGUCUCUCUCAGCCCUCAAAACCUGGUGGAUUGUUCUUCAAAAUACGGGAACAAAGGAUGCAGCGGAGGAUUCAUGACAAGAGCUUUUCAAUAUGUUAUCGACAAUCAAGGAAUCGACUCAGACUCAUAUUAUCCCUAUACAGCCCAGGAUCAGCCCUGUCAUUAUGACACAGCUGGUAAAGCAUCUACAUGUAUAAAAUACACCGAGAUUGAACCAGCCACAGAAGACACCCUGAAACAAGCACUGGCUACUGUUGGCCCAAUAUCCGUUGCCAUCGAUGCAACUCGCCCAUCCUUUUACUUCUAUAAAAGCGGUGUCUAUGAUGACCCAGCAUGCUCUCAGGAAGUCAAUCAUGGGGUCCUUGCAGUGGGCUACGGAAACCUCAAUGGAAAAGACUUCUGGCUCAUAAAAAAUAGCUGGGGCGAGAACUAUGGAGAUCAUGGCUAUGUUCGCAUUGCAAGGAAUCAUGGGAAUAUGUGCGGAGUGGGAAGCUACACAUCAUAUCCUGAACUAUGAGUCUACAAGUAAAGUCCUGGGGUGAAUCCACGGAUAUAACGAGAAUCUCCAGGAAUAGAACAUUCGAUGGAAUCGAUCUGAUACUUUUUAGAACCCAGUAGAUUACUUUCAUUCCAACGGACGUGUUUAUACAAGUGAUCAUAUGUUUUAUACAGGGGAGUGUAGUCAGUAGUAAUAUAUAUUAUAAAACACAGAUUCCAAUAUAUUUAUCAACGCUCACCAAGUGAUCUUUCUAUUGUGAACAUGCUUUACCUGCAAUGUAAAGCGAUUGCAUGGCUUAUCAAACUUCCCCACUUCCAAGAUCUAACACUUUGAUCAUAACACACUGCUUGCACUCUUUCAUUGGACACAUAUAUUGUUAGAGUUAUGGGCUAACGUAAAAUGUAACCUAUAUUAAUUCUAUUAACUAAAAUAAGGAGAGACAUAUCGAAACAGUCAUUGUGAAAACCAAGUAGAUUAACGUACUAACUGCUCAGACCUUGGGGCUGCUAAAGGUUAUGUCUUCCAAGUUCCAACAAUGUCAGCCCAGAAUUACAUUCUUAUAAGUUUGAUAAAAUAAGUCAUGUGACUUUAAGUGAUUAUAAAAUCUGUUUCCCUGACUUAUAAGGUAGACACCAGGUGAAAAUUAAUCCAUGAUUGUUAGAUUUCCACUAUCCUUCAGAAAACGAUGUCAUGAGUAACAUACUGUACAACAGUGUUUUGAGCAAAUAAAGAAACCUGUGUAGGUCGAGAGGGUCAGAUUAGUGGGUUUACAGCAAUGCUGAUUAACUCCCAUUAACCUAUGGUAUGGCAUCACUAACAGAGAACGUCUGCAGUUUGGGGGAGUCACAGAUAGGAUGGACUCGUGAACACGUGUAGAGAUGCAACUACUAAAUAAGUAAUGGGUUCCAUACUGACCUAAGGUCUUUAAUAACCAGGCUGUGAUUUUUAACGAGUUAUUAAGGUAAUCCUAUGGGGUUAAUUCAUUUUGUACUAAUAAAUCAGUGUAUUUCUUAAUAUGAUAGUGUUUGGCAAAUCAUUGUAUUUUCCUGGAACAGCAAAGUUAAAGUCACUGUUCUCUAACAGAAUGUGACAAAUUGAUGGCUUCACCAUCAAGUCAAACUUGUGGAGUCUGGUGGCAGCUUAGACGUUAGGCCAACAAUCACUAAAGAGAAAUAUUAAGGGCUAUAAUAUAAACCACAAUCUAGACUAUUUUGUAUUGUGACUCUCCUCACAACAAAUAAUAAUAACAUCCACGUUUACCAUAAAAGGUGUGUAAUAGUGUAAAACCCAACACACCAACACUGCAUGGCCUCUUCAAAUCAAGUCUUUAUUUUUAUAAUUAAGCCAAUUAUGACACUGGUGAUGUGUAUUUGGUUACAUUUGGAAGCGUGGACUAAAAGUGCUUUGAGGUUUUUUUAAGGAGAACGCCUCUACAUGAAAAAUAGACUCAGACUAUACUCUGAGAGGCACAGGUUCAAUAAUGUUGACAUAUGUGGUGUAACUCUGUCAUUUAAAUUAAAUCAGUAUCAGACAGAGAGUCCUUCAUGAUCCAAUUACCUCUAGAAUCCUACAUAAAAUAAUUGGAGUGUUUUUUUGUUUGUUAUUCAGAAUAGUACAGAGUUUAGAGAUAUAUCUAUACUUACUGAACAUUUGAGCAUUAAGUGUUUAGUUUCUCCCUCAUUUCCUCAGGUUUGGUAUCUGAUUGCCUGCUUUGGUUUAAAUGUGUGCUGAUAAUAGAAUGUUAAAAAUGGUUUUGCUAUUGAUUUACAAUAAGUUUGGUUGGUCUGAUAAAAGUGGUUUAAAACCUG